AGUUCAUAGUCGACAUCGGUUGCUUGCGGUCGCAGCUUGAGUUAGGAGCGUUUCAAAGCAUCCUUCGGUUAAGGUGUUAAGCUGUUGUAAGCAGGACCGCCAGUUCGUUCCAGUUGUUCCUAUGGAGCGCGCAACAACUGAUGAUGGCCGAUGAGUCGGUUAACGGAUUACAUAAAAUGGAGCAAAAAAUGUUACGAGCUGUGUGAUUUAUUGUUCAUGGAAAGGUUUGCUUAACUUUCAACCUGUUGCACAGUACGGGGGAAUAGGUUUAUCGGGUGCUUUGGAGAUGUGCUUAGAGUGUCUGAAGUGAUCAUGAACCAACUGUGCAAGUGUGGGGUCUGGUCCGGUGCUUUUCCGAGGAUGGCAAAAUUGCGAUGAGCUGCUGAGUGUGACUGAUUGCUUGUGGUGAGAGUGAAUCGUAGUGUAGUGCAGUGUGGAAGCAAUAAGACACGAUCAUGGUGAGCGAAAACUACACCCAGCUGCUGCUGGACGGUACGAGCAGGUUCAACCUGUCCGCGUUCAGUACCGCAGCCGGACCAACCGUGUCCCUGGAGGAGGAUCUUCAGACGCAGAUGAUGGUGUCGACGAUAGUGGCGAUCUUUUUCGGCUUCAUCGGCAUUACGGGGCUGCUCGGCAAUGCACUGGUCGUACUCGUUGUCCUAUCGAAUCCGCAGAUGCGCUCGACAACGAAUCUGCUCAUCAUCAACCUUGCUAUUGCGGAUCUACUGUUUGUAGUGUUCUGCAUACCGUUCACUGCCACCGACUACGUGCUCGCGUCCUGGCCGUUCGGUGAACUUUGGUGCAAAACCGUACAGUAUUUGAUCGUGGUGACGGCACAUGCCAGUAUCUAUACGCUCGUGCUGAUGUCACUGGACCGGUUUCUGGCGGUUGUGCAUCCGAUCGCGAGCAUGGUCAUACGGACGGAGAAGAACACCGUACUGGCUAUAACCAUCCUCUGGGUGGUGAUCAUCACCACCGGGCUACCCGUAUCCUUCGCGCAUGGAAUUAUUCGAUUCCAACACCUCGACCAGGUGGUGGAGACGUGCGGGUUCCUCGAAAAGGAUAGCCCCUCCUGGCCCGCCUUCCAUAUCGCGUUCUUCCUCAGCUCGUACGUGGUGCCGCUAAUACUGAUCAGCGUCCUGUACAUGUGGAUGCUGUCACGGUUAUGGCGAAGUUCGGUCGGUGGCCGAUCGGCGGAGUCGAAAAAGGGCAAAAAGCGCGUCACCCGGCUGGUGGUGAUCGUGGUGGCGGCAUUUGCUUCAUUAUGGUUUCCCAUACAGGUCAUCCUGGUGCUGAAAAGUGUGGACGUAUUCAAGGCAGACACACAUUUCAAAAUUUCACUACAAAUCGUAUCACACGUCCUGGCCUACACGAGCUCCUGUAUAAAUCCGCUCCUGUACGCAUUUCUGUCGGAAAACUUUCGGAAAGCUUUCCGUAAGAUUGUCUACUGUGGUCCAGGAAGCCGCCGCCAGGGAAGCCAGAGACAUAUGCCACUGCCAACGAAAACGACACGAACCGGCAGCUGUCCAGACAUUUUAUAACCGGAAGCAAUCGAGGAAACGUCCGUCACUUUCGUUUAAUGCACUCUCUGUUUCACACCCUGCCGUGGAGUGUGUCCGGUUCCGCAGGUUCCCCUCAUCGUACACAUCGCAAACAUCAAUAGAUCGAUACCAUGGGAGUAAACGGAAGACACAUGACGAUGGUCCAACAAUAAUGAGAAUCGAACCAACAAACAUCGUUUCAAAACAACCACUCUCCUGUUCAUCAUCUUUCUCGUCGUUAAUCAGCGGCUCCCGAUGUAGGCAUUAUCGAUGUUUGAUGAAUCACGACGAAAUUCACAUCAUGAAGCAGAAAGUAACUAAAAUUUUAUAUCCCUUUUACUUUAGUCCUUUUGGCUUAGUAUGUUGUUCCCAGUGUAUUUUAUUAUAAGUCUUUCUCAAACAAAUUGCAUGACGAAGUUCAAUGUGUUAUAAAUAAUGCAACAAGUGCAAGAUAAAUGGCAUUCAAAUCAAUAUUUUUCGAUAAUGUUUGCCAUUCUGACGGUAAGGAACGUUAGAGGGUUGUGUUUCGAUAUUUUUUUCCAUGCAAACAUAUGACACACGACCACACCUGCACAACGAUUUCCCGAGGUCAAACCGAUGCUGUGGAAAGUUACGAUUUGUUUCGAAAUUGUUAUAAUAAAACAUUAAGCAACGAACUGAACAUAUUAAGAGGUAGUAGGGCAAAAUAUAUUACGAUAGGCGUGUAGGAAAAACGGAGCGAAAUGUGUGCUGUGCUGUGGACCUUGUUAAUAGUAUGGUAAAUAUAAUUUAGAAACAAAACAGCAAGGGAAAACUUAUCUACAAUCGAAUUCUAAUGUAUAAGAGGCGGUAUAGUAUCGAAAACGGAUGAUUUUCAAUUAAUGCUUGAAGAACAAUACUGUAUGUAGUGCAUCUGUACGUGAAUAAAUUAGCGUAAAAAACCAACCAUAUAAUGAACACAGCUCGCAUUGAAUGCUAUUUCGCGAGGCGAGGAAAUGCUUGCUGUGUAGUGUUAGGAAAAUAUUGUCUAGUUGGUUUCAAGCUUUUUCUUACACCUAUACUAAGAGAACCCUAAGUAGAUGUUGGUGGAAAAAAACCCAACUUGCAACUAAACGUAGCGUAACAUUGCUUGUGGUGUGGAUUGUUUCCAGCUGGUUUGGCUACACACAAAUGAGCCCCUUUCGGUUUUCUGCCAAGAUCCAGUCAUGAAAGGUUUGUGAUGAAAAAAAAAACAAAACAGAAAAACAUAACUGUUGUGUAUUUUUUUGCUUGAUUUGUUCUGGAUCUUUUAACACACUGCUAGCUGAUACUGGAGCCCUUUUUUUCUGCUCACUCCCUGCUGGUACGUGAUGUUGAUAAAAUCGAUUCGGAUUGUUUCGGGUCACCAUUUCAGAUAAGUACGUGACAUCAAUCAUACCGUGGCACUUGUGGAACGAUCCUGCCAGCACUCCGGUGCACGCUUGUCGGACGCGUUUUUGUGCCGAAAAAUACGAUGUGCGGGGAAAAGCAGCCAGUGACCAGCUUGUUGUUGUACGUGUUGAGAAGCAUGCUAUCAACCAUAGCAAUCAACACACAUCCACACACACGAGCACCCAAAAAAGCUGGUGCUUACUGCAUUCCACCUUCGUUUCGUGCAGUUAAUGUUGGAAUUUUGCCGGCACCACUUUCACUGGCUGUCUGUUCCUUCCUGCCAAAGUCACGCAUUCUACAGCGCGCACUAAAUAGAAAGCUGUCACAAAGCUAUUUUCAUCAUCACCACGAUCAACAUCUGCAUACGUUCGGAGUUUUGAUACGGGAGGAAUUCGGAAACUUCACCAGCAAAACGAACUUCUGCUAAAAAGUUCAUCUCGGCGUGAGCUCGAGACACAUAUCACGGCCACAAAACGGGUAGCGCGUUCCGGCGCAGCAGUACUCAAAUGCGUCAUAAAUCACUCGCCGUCGUAAGCUCAAAAAUGCCCAUAUCAACACAUAACCAACUGUGCGUCCCGCGGUGUUGGGCUGGGCGUAGAAUGACAACGAGAACAGCAGCUUGCAAGCUGUGGCACGAACUUAUUUCGCACUACGGCAGACUACGGCGAUACGGCGCGGAACUUUCCCAUCCAUCAACAAGCCAAACAUUGGUGCAAAUAUUUGUGUACACUCGUGGGAACGCGGUCGAAGCUGUUGUAGUAUGUGGAGCAUUUCUCAUUUCAUACUGUUUAGUUUUGGGAAAUAAAAAGUUUUAUGAAAAAUAGAUACACGUGUUCCCUGAAUGUAGCUUUCCUCCAAGGCUGCAUUCCCAACCGCAGUUUCGAUAGCCAAUCUGCCUCGUGAUUAGCUGCAAUCUGCGUGUUUUGCUUUGUGCGUGGGUGUGUGUUUUUAACAGUUUCAAUCCGUUCCAAUCAGCAAACCAUUCAAUGCACUCAUCUUCGCAGAACAUCUCUCUAUUUAUGCCGCAGCUGGAAACAAAUCCUCGCCAAAAUCAAUACUGUAGAACGUAGCUCUGUAAUUCUGUACAUGCUCGUUAUCGCUACGGCACUCUGGUACUGUAGCUUCCGAUUCUAAUAAACAAGCAUUCACGAUAAUGAGAAAUGAUUAAAUGGGAUGGGAGGAUUAACACAGUUUUGCACAAAUAAUGGAAAAACUGUACGAUAGUAUCUGAAUUAUCCGAGCCCUGUAUGAAUGUUAGGCUAGGAGCAGUACGUAGCGAUAUGAAUCAUACGCGAAUGAAGCCAAAAAUAAAGUAGUUUAGUAAGAACGAGGAGUGAGCAGAGCGCUAACGUUAGAACCCUUCAAUACACAAGCGAAUGUGCAUUAUUUCCCUCUCCAUUGAUAGAUUAUCGGCUAAGAUCGUAAUAAGAUGUAGUAAUGACGGAAAAAAAUCACGUUAGAAAAAUUAUAAGUUGUGUGCAGGGCUGGUGGUCUAAUAGUUAAAAAUGUUAUUUUGAAAUGAAAUGUUUGAGAAUUUAUUAAUAUCAGCUUGUUGAAGCUACAACGUACAACAAACGGCUCCUUCUCCGUAACGAAGCAGCAAAAUGAUGAUGAAAAUGAUGAUGAUUGUACCAAGGCGAAACAAAAGAGCUUGUUGGGUGUAUGGUGGGUGAUUUUAAAGUUCAAUUAGUGAAGAGAACUGAACAUUUAAAAAAUUUUAUAGGGUUCCGUUUCCAUGGCGCAGGUAUUGCUUAUGCAUGUUCUGUAAAUAGUACUGUACACUGUGCGUAACGCUACCUACCUACGACGGCUUCCUAAAAUUCAGUGCAAAAGCUAAAUGUAAAAUGAUCGUAUUGAUUCUAUGACGUUCGGAGAAUUUCGGUUAAAUUAAAGCUCUUUUAAUCGGAAUCUGAUUGAAACGUAUGUACUGGCAGUGUAAAACAAGGUUUCGUUGCUAGGCAGAAUAAUGAAAAUACAAAAAAUUUACCCUAGCAAUGUGAGUGUAAGCAAAUGUUGUCAAAAUGCAAAAAAUACAAUAACUAAUUAAAAGCAACGUUAUGCAGAUGAUUGUUGGAGAAUAGUUCGAGAAUUGAACUGCAUGGAAAUAUUCAUUCAAUUAACUCCAAUACACCGCAACAGAGAUAGAGCUAUGGAGAAUUGUGUGACAUUAACAUAUGCACUAUUUUAUUUACAUUUUUCAGAACUUGUACCCACAAAACCUCAAAAAUACAACCAUAACGUAACGAAAAGGGAACGGCGUUACCUUAUAUGUUGCAAUGCGAUUCACAGAUUCACUCCACAUGAACGAAGUGCAUAUAGAAUAAUAUUUUCCGUGGGAGGUUUUAAACGCGCUACGAAACGAAAACCCUGUGGGACGAACACAAAACCCUCUAAAACAAUAUGGAAACGUGAAAUGUUAGGAAUCAAUUUCUGUUCGCAGUUCAGUUUUGCCCUGUCGCAUAUUUUAAUAUGCAGUGAACUAUUAAUUGAUCAGCGAACAUAGUUUGACGUUUCCGAAAAUGUGUAAUCGUGUGUUAAAAAAAUGAAAUGAAAUGAAAUAAAUGCAUAUUAUCAAGCCCAAAGCCACACUUUAGGCGAUGCAACUAACGAUAUAGAAAUCAAACAAACUUUUAACAAACUGCAACCGUACAGGGUUUAAAUGAUUGGAUAACCGAUUCGAUAGAGAGAAAAAAAACAAAACGAACAAAACACUUACCGUUUUAUCUUAGCCACGUCAAAUUACUAACACGACCCUCGGGGUGGUCAUCCCGAUUUAACGAUGUACGACAAACCAUUUUUAAAAUCCAUCUUACAGUUGAGAGAAUAAAAUUGCCUCAAAAGCAG